AUGUUUGCUCGUUCAUUUCGCUCUGGCCAUCGCGUACUGCUGCGUAAUAGCCGCUCACUUCGUAUCGCUAAAGAUAUGACUGAACUUAUUGGUAAUACACCGCUGGUAUAUUUAAACCGUGUAACGAAAGAUUGUCAUGCAAAGAUUGCUGUCAAAUGCGAAUUUAUGGAACCAUGUGCAUCAGUAAAAGACCGUAUCGGUAUGAGUAUGAUACUAGACGCUGAGAAAUCGGGACGAUUGCAAAAGGACACGCAUAUUAUCGAACCUACGUCUGGCAAUACUGGCAUUGGCCUUGCUUUUGCAGCUGCUGUGCGCGGUUACAAACUCACGCUUGUGAUGCCUGAAACCAUGUCUAUGGAGCGUCGUAUCUUGCUUAAAUCGUUUGGCUGUGAUGUGGUUUUGACUCCUGGUGAUAAAGGUAUGGCUGGAGCUGUGGCCAAGGCUGAGGAUCUCAUGACAAAAGAGGGCAGCAAAGCUUUAAUUUUAGGCCAAUUCGACAAUCCAGCUAAUCCAAAAAUUCACUUUGAGACAACUGGACCUGAAGUCUGGCGUGAUACUGACGGACAAAUUGAUAUUUUUGUGGCUGGUGUGGGAACUGGUGGUACAUUGACAGGUACAGCUCGUUAUCUAAAACCAAAGAAGCCCAGUGUGAAAUUUGUAGCUGUUGAACCUGAAGAAAGUCCCGUGCUAUCUGGUGGCAAUCCAGCACCUCAUAAGAUUCAAGGAAUUGGUGCUGGAUUUGUGCCUCAAGUUCUUCAACGGGAUUUAAUUGAUGAAGUUAUUACCGUUAACAGUCCAGAUGCUUUUGCGAUGGCUAAGCGUUUAGCUUUGGAAGAAGGAAUUCUAGUAGGUCCUUCAUCUGGUGCUGCUGUUGUUGCUAGUAUCGAGUUGGCAAAACGUCGAGAAAGCAAAAAUAAGCUCAUUGUGACUAUUUUACCCAGUUUUGGUGAACGAUAUUUAUCGUCCCCUCUUUUUGAAGAAGAGCGCAAGUUUGCUGCAAAUUUAGUCACAUCAAAAUUGCCCUAG